AUGCGUUCUUCAGAGUUUAAUGAAGAUUUUCGAUGCAAGCAAGGCGCCCCGCAAAGAGCAGUUAAGAAGAGUGGUAUUUUGGGUCAUGCAGCUCAAGUUUACACAUGUAAGAUAUUUAGAUUAUUUGAAUAUGAAUUCCUUAAUAGUCUUGCAAUAGAGUGGAAGCAAGUUGAUUGUCAAGAUACAAUUGAUGUCUUUGAGGUGAAAGAAGAAGAUAGUGAAAGAGUACACAUUGUCCAUUUUGAUCAUUUCAAUAGCAACAUUUCUUGUUCUUGCAAGAAAUUUGAGUCAUUGGGAAUUCUUUGUUGUCAUGCGUUGCGGGUCUUCAAUUUAAAAAAUUUGACUAAAAUUCCAAGCCAAUACAUUUUGAAAUGUUGGACAAAGGAGGCUAAGCAAGGGAUGAUGGCUUAUGAACAAGACAAUCAUUCAAGUGGCAAUGCUAAAGAGGCCGAGAUAGUGUGGCGUAAUAGCAUGUUACGUAUAGCUAAUACAAUUAUAUCCAAAAGCCAAGAGGAUGAUAGCCUUAAAAGCAUUUGUCAAAAGAUACUAUUGGGACUUGAUGAAAAAAUCGAAAGAGAGUCAUCAAAGUUGGGUUCAAAUGCAAAUUUGGAAGAAAAUGAAGUUGUAGAGCAUAAUAUAGUUGAUGAAAUGCUUGGUUUAUCAAAUCAUGUGAAAAGCAAAAAACAAGUUUCUAAAGAAAAUCCAAAUGUGUCAUUCGAUGGCUCAUACAAUCCAGCUAUAUACCAACCACCAAAUCCCUACUCUCAUUUAGGAUUUACAAGUGAUAAUGCACAUGAUCAAUCUUACAUGUCAUGGACAAAUCAUUCUCAGGAAAUGAGUUGUGUAAAUGUUCCAUUUACAACUAUGUUGCAAGGUACCAAUGUUAUAACACAACUUAGUCAGAAUCCAACGACUUAUAUUCCCUCACAAAUAAACUCGUUGAUGUAUAGCUCCAAGCAAUCAAAUUCCACACAUAUACAAGAGGUGGGAAUACCGAAGAUGUCAUGCAGCCAAGAAUCCUAG